UCUGCAAGAAAUCACUUCACUCCAUUGCCAACAUCAUCAACCCACAAGAAAAAUCAACUCUUCCAAAGCAAAAAAUCAAGCUUCUGUAGAAAAAUGAAAAUGAUCGUCUUCCUUGCCUUUGCUCUCUUCCUCCAGGGAGCCCUUGGGGAAUUAAUCUGUGAGGAAUUGCCUGUUGGAUUGUGUUCGUUCUCAAUCGCAUCCUCUGGUAAGCGAUGCCUGUUAGAGACUUACGCAUCAAAUGAUGGAACUAUGGACUUCCAAUGCAAGACAUCUGAAGUGGUUGCUAUUAACUUGCACGAUUAUAUUGAGGCUGAUGAAUGCAUGGAUGCAUGUGGGGUCGAUAGGAAAUCUGUCGGGAUCUCAUCCGACACCCUCCUCGACUCUCAGUUCACCGCCAAGCUAUGCUCACCACAGUGUUACCUGAACUGUCCCAACAUUGUGGAUCUUUACUACAAUUUGGCUCUCGGAGAAGGAGCAUUUUUACCUGAUCUGUGCAAAUCUCAAAGAGCAAAUUCACGUCGUUCAAUGGCUCAGAUUCAAAGUUCUGGUACAGCUUUUGGCCCUAUUUCUGCUGCUGCUGGUCCAAUGUCUGCUGCUUCUCCUUUUCCUUUUCCUUCUCCAUCUUCAUCUCUUGAUUGUGCUCCAGCUCCGAUGUAA